AUGAGACCUCUUUUCAAGUAAGGAAAAAAUUCUCAGCUCCAAGAAUCCAAUAAAUUCUCUCGUUUCAGAAUUGCACUCACCUUAUUUAUCGGCGCUUCAAUUGUUGUUUGCUACAAAAUAUACGAGCGAAAAAAAUCGCGAAAACCAUCGCGCAAAAUUCAUCGAACACCAAUCAAGAGGCGAAUUUCGGAUGUUAAGACGUUGGAUGAAACGCAAAGAGAGGAAAAAGUCAAGAAAUCGGAGAGUAGAAUGCGAAAGAAGAGUGUUCGCGAGACAAGUUCGGAUAUUUUGCAUCCAGCGCCUUUUGAUGUAGGUUUUUUGAAAAAAAAUUCAAACCGCGCGCGCACGUGCAACGUCAACGCGGAGUCUUGUUGUUUUCUUUUUAUUUUUUUUCGUUUUUUCGGGGAAAACGACCAUUUUAAAAAAAUGUUAGUCCCUCGUAAAUAUUUCGAAAAUCAAUGAAUGUCUGUGUGUGCGUGCGGUCGCGAUGCGGUCGAAAUAAAAUCGAUAUUGUCCAUUUUUUUUUGCAUUUUUUCCUCGAAAAUGCUGUUUUUUUUUACACAAAACGGUCAUUUUUUGCAUUUUUCAAUUUGAAAAACCUAUAAUAUUCAAUUUUGUUUGAAAAAUGUGAAUAUUUUCGCCUAUUUUUCUGAAAAACUAAUAAAUAACAACAGUGAAACUUAAAAAAUGACCGAUUUUUGUGAAAAAACAGCAUUUUCGAUGAAAAAAUGGACAAUAUCGAUUUCAUUUCGACCGCAUCGCGACCGCACGCACACACAGACAUUCAUUAACUUUCGAAAUAUCUACGAGUGACUAGCUGUCGCUGUUUUCCUCUGCCACAUUUUUUUAAAUUCCGCAAAUUGCUGUGUAAACACCGCGACGCACAAAUGCACUUUGCGUACCGUAGUGAAAUUCAAUUUCCCGAAUUUUGCAGAAUGUGCUGGGAAAAAUUCCAUCGGACAAAAAAGCCAACAAACUUUGCGGAACUCUAUCGGACAGUGAAAUGCGAGAAAUUGAUCAGAAAAACAUCACAUUCGACAAUUGUGAAUAUAUCGCUGCCGCAUCAAUCUCAUCGUCGUUCACUGGAUCUUCUGGAUCUUCACGAGCUCCUGAAUCGCUACCAACUUUGAGUUCAGCUUCAACUGAGUCGAAUCCAUCGCCGAAAAUUGCGGAAACUUUUCGAAUUGUUGAACCGGAUUCUUCGGAUUCUUCGGAAUUUGAACGAAGUUCGGGAUCGACAACGAAAAGUAUCGAGAAAUCGAAGGAAAAUGGUAGGAAAAAAAUAAAAAUAAUUUUUAUUGGAGUACUGUAGUUAGCGUUGUGUGUAAUUGUGCGUCACAGUGUAUGUGUGUGUGCCUUUGAAUUUAUUUUUUUUCUGCGAGCUUUUUCGAAUUGAAUUUCAGUCGCGCGCGGCUGUGCGUCGCGGUCGGGAUUAUUGAUUGUUUCCCGACCGCGACGCAUAGCCGCACGCGACUGACGAACAAACGAUUUUUGCAGAUCCUCCAAAAUCAGAAGAACCUGGAAAAGAAAAUGGUAAGAAUUUUAAAAAAUAAACCGUGAUAAAUUAUCGUAAAUAAACUUUUUCUAUAAAAUUUUGGAUAUUGAUAGAUUUUUUUACUGUUUUUGGGGCAAAAAUCGCUAGAGUAGCUGAAAAAUUGCAGAUUUUUGCCACGUCAUAGCUUUUCUCACAUCAAUUUCCAUGAAAUUUCCAGCUCCACCGCAACUCGAACAAAUCAAAUCUGAAGCUCCAUCAUCUGACCCUCUAGUUACACCAACUCAACCAGAAGCAGCAGCUCAACCAGAGCCAAGUCCUGCUCCAGCUCCAGCUCAAAAUGAGCCAUCACCCUCUCAACAUGCUUUAACUGAACCAUCUUCAUCUGGAAGCGCAAGUCCAAAUGUUCCCCGAGAGAAAUUUGAGAUAUCUAAUGAUCCAUUGGCAAGUCCAAAGAAGAGUUCUCAAAAAUCAUCAACUUCGAGGUGAUCUUUUAUCAUUUUUCAAAUUGAAAACAUCUGAACUUCUACAUACAGAUCUUCGCAAAAAAGCAAAAGCAAAUUCAAACUUUGUCGAUGUCGAAAUAAAAAUCGAAAUGAAGUUGUUGAAGAUUUGAAGGCGCCAAAAUUCAAUGAGAACGUGACACCCGAAAUUGCACCAACUACAGUUUUACCAGUGGUUUUUUCGCGAUACAAAUCUGAGAAUUUAUUGGAAGUUCAUGGUGAUAUUGUUGAAUUGCCUGAUGAAUGUUAUAAAGUUGAGCCGGAAUUGAUUGAUGUGAGUUUUUCUGUUGAAACUGAGGGAGAAGCUGGAAUUUUAUCUGAAAAUCUGAAAAUUUUAGCUUUUCUUUGAGCAAAAAUCGAAAAAAAACAACGACACUCCGCAGGUUCAAACAGUCUGUGUGAAAUUAAACAAAAGGCAAGCGGAGUGUCGUUGUUUUCUGUAUUUUUUUUUCAACAAAAUCGCUCUAAUGUCACGAAAAUCAUACUUUUUGGUUUGUGGCUGAAUUCCCGACAUUUCUCGGCCACCCGAAAUUGUUCGGCCACAUAGUUUUUCUCUGAAAUUUGCGAAGUGGCCGGGAAAUGUCGGGAAUUCGGCCACAGCAACAAAAUCACUCUAAUGUCACGAAAAUCAUUAUUUUUUGGUUCGUGGCCGAAUUCCCGACAUUUCUCGGCCACCCAAAAUAGUUCGGCCACGUGUUUUUCCUGAAAUUCACCACCGAACUAUUUGCGGUGACCGAGAAAUGUCGGGAAUUCGGCCAAAGAAACAAAAUCGCUCUAACUUCACGAAAAUCAAUUUUUUUUGGGUCAUGGCCGAAUUCCCGACAUUUCUCGGCCACCCAAAAUAGUUCGGCCACAUCAAGAAAUCAAUCGAUAUUUUCAGAACUAUCUUACACCAUUGCACCCAACAUUAAAUGCAAUUCAUGCUGCCAAUUAUCAUACUUGUCUUAUCACACAUUUGAUCGAUAAUUUUGAUUUCUUCGAAUAA